AUGAAUAAUACAUCAACGAAUCAAAUUAUAGGUCCCAGUGCACCCAAGAUUGUCAACAAGUACAAUGAACUAAGAAGGAUGACAAAUCCCACUGCUAGAAACAUUCUAAAAAUGUUAAAUGUUAGUGAACUCCAGCAGGUCAGAGAACACGUCAUAGACUUUCCUGAUGUCCUUGCCAACUGUGGGGAAAAUAUCUACACGUCCACAGGCAUCAAAUCGUGGUCAGAUGUAAUUCAAGAAUUCUAUGAUGAAGUGAAAGAUUUUCUAUAUGGAUAUAGACCUACAAAAAAAGCUGUAAUUGGUCAUUACACACAGCUUGUUUGGGCAACUUCUCACCAGUUUGGCUGUGCUCUAUCCCACUGUCUCCAUAAGAAAUUCCAGUACUUCUAUGUAUGUCAUUAUUGCCCAGUAUAA